AUGGCUCUCAAGGAGGGACUCAGGGCCUGGAAGAGAAUCUUCUGGCGGCAGAUCCUACUUGCACUUGGCCUCUUAGGCCUGUUUCUGUAUGGCCUCCCUAAAUUCAGGCAUCUGGAAGCCGUCAUCCCCAUGGGCGUCUGCCCUUCCGCCACAAUGGCCCUGCUGAGAGACAACUUCACAGGUGCCCUGCGUCCCUGGGCCCGGCCUGAAGUUCUGACCUGUACCCCCUGGGGGGCUCCCAUUAUUUGGGAUGGCACUUUCGACCCAGAUGUGGCCAAGCAAGAGGCUACACAGCAGAACCUCACCAUUGGGCUGACUGUCUUUGCUGUAGGCAGGUACCUGGAGAAGUACCUGGAGCGCUUCCUGGAGACGGCGGAGCAGCACUUCAUGGCGGGCCAGAGCGUGGUGUACUACGUGUUCACCGAGCGGCCGGGAGCGGUGCCCCGCGUGGCGCUGGGCCCGGGACGGCGGCUGCGCGUGGAGCGCGUGGCGCGCGAGCGGCGCUGGCAGGACGUGUCUAUGGCGCGCAUGCGCACGUUGCACGCGGCGCUGGGCGGGCAGCUGGGCCGCGAAGCGCACUUCGUGUUCUGCAUGGACGUGGACCAGCACUUUAGCGGCACCUUUGGGCCCGAGGCGCUGGCCGAGUUGGUGGCGCAGCUGCACUCCUGGCACUACCACUGGCCGCGGUGGCUGCUGCCCUUCGAGCGCGACGCGCAUUCGGCCGCCGUGAUGGCGCGGGGCGAGGGCGACUUCUACUACCACGCGGCGGUGUUCGGGGGCAGCGUGGCGGCGCUGCGCGACCUGACGGCGCACUGUGCGCGGGGCCUGGCCUGGGACCGCGCGCGCGGCCUGGAGGCGCGCUGGCACGACGAGAGCCACCUCAACAAGUUCUUCUGGCUGCACAAGCCCGCCAAGGUGCUGUCGCCCGAGUUCUGCUGGAGCCCGGACCUCGGCCCGCGGGCCGAGAUCCGCCGCCCACGACUGCUCUGGGCCCCCAAGGAGUACCGGCUGCUGCGGGACUAG